AUGGUUUCUCAGUUCAGACAGGAAACACAUGAGUUUGUUCCUCUGAAAGAAGAAUAUGAAGGAAAGAAGGCAGAGCUGGGGAAGACAGAGGCUGAAAUUCAGGAGAUGAUCCAGAAGAGACGACUGAAGAUUGAAGAGAUCAAACACUCAGUUGACCUCAGUAAGGAAGCUGCAGACAGAGAGAAAGCAGAAGGUGUUCAGGUCUUCACCGCUCUGAUGGAGUCUGUUGAGAGAAGCCUGAAUGAGCUCAUUGAGACGAUUGAAGAGAAGCAAAGAACAACAGAGAAACAGGCUGAAGACUUCAUCAAAGAGCUGGAACAGGAAAUCUCUGAGCUGAAGAAGAGAAGCUCUGAGGUGGAGAAGCUCUCACACUCUGAAGACCACCUCCACCUCCUCCUAAACUUCCCGUCCUUGAAAGCUGCACCACCCACCAAAGACUGGACAGAGGUCAGCGUCUGUCCAUCGUAUGUGUGGACUGUGAUGAGAGCUGUGACUCAGCUGGAGGAGAAGCUCAGUGAACAGAUAAAUAAGCUGCUUGACGCUGAGAUGAAGAAGGUCCAGCAGUAUGCAGUGGAUGUGACUCUUGAUCCUGAUACAGCACAUCCUGAUCUCAUCCUGUCUGAUGAUGGGAAACAAGUACAGAGGAAGAUUGUCACAGACAGCACAGAGAGAUGUUCUCAUUGUCCCAGUGUGUUAGGAAAGCAGAGUUUGUCUUCAGGCAGAUCUUACUUUGAGGUUCUGGUUAAUACGGAGACUAACUGGGAUUUAGGAGUAGUCAGAGAGUCGAUCAACAGGAAAAGGCAAAUUACAUUGAGUCCUAAGAAUGGCUACUGGACUAUAUGUUUGACAGACAGAAAGUACAAAGCUAAUGAUGACCCUUCAGUCUGUCUCUCUGUUGGGGGUUUUCUUAUGAGGGUGGGGGUGUUUGUGGAUUAUGAGCAGGGUCUGGUCUCCUUUUAUGACUUAUAUCCUGCAGCUCUUAUCUACUCCUUUACUGGCUGCUCCUUCACUGAGAAACUCUACCCGUUCUUUAGUCUUGGGCCUUCUGAUGACGGUAACGACGAUAACCAUCUAACCAUCUGUCAUUCAUACUGACUGAUGUUAAUUGGUUAAAGACCAAACAUGAUAAACUGAUCAACUUUCAAUGAAAAGAUUCACUCUCUCAUUUAUGUUAUAUGCAUAUUCAGCAGUAAUU